UAUGUAUCUAGAGAACUCUACUCUAUGUACUCUGACCAUAAAAAUGAACUCUACUUGACAUUUCUAAGACCCAUUCUAAAUGAUUUCGAGAGGAUAAACUUGCUUUUUCAAAGAGAAGAAGCAGAUCAUUGUAGCCUACUCAGAGAGCUAGAGUGUUUUACAUUGGUGAUGCUGAGAAGAGUUUUACUUUCAAAUUAUGUUAAGCUUGAAGUUGAUCUGAAUAUGUCGUCCAUAUUUCUCCCUUUAAAAAAUGUUGAUUUUGGUUAUGAAUUCACCUCCCUCGUAUCCAGUAAGAAACAAGCCAAUUUAAUUUCAGAGCAAGAAUUGCAAGAUGUAAAAUCAAGAUGCCACAAAUUCCUUUUAAGAGCAUGUAAGGAACUACUUUCUCGUCUUCCUGAAAACAUGGAGACCUUAAAGAAAAUAAAGAACCUUUCACCAACUGUCUGUUUAAGCCACACACGGCCACCUUUCUCUGAAAAACGACCCUUAUAUAUCGAGUUUGCAUUAAAAGUGUACAGCCUCCCCAUAAGUAAUGCUCUAGUAGAAAGGGUUUUCUCUAGAGUAACAAGCGUAAAAACCAAGUUGAGAAAUCGAAUGGGCCUAGAUCUCUUAACCUCAAUAUUAAGGAUAAAGACCAGUUUGGAAUUAAAUGGUAAAUGCUGUACAGGAUUUGAACCGAAAAGGUCCAUGCUAAAUUUUGACUCAUCAAUCUACAAAAAUGAGGAAAAUGAAGAAUGUCUAGUGGAUGAUUUGCUGGAUAUAUUUGAUUAAUUUUCAACAAAAGAAUAGAAAAGAAUUUUAUUUACCGUAUUUUCAUGAAAUAAAAUGAGAGAUUGUUUUUCAAAAUUUCAUUUUUGAAAGAUUAAGACAAUUU